CAACAAUUCUAAUUCUAAUCAUCUCGUGAAAUAUGGCCAUCGUCUUCACGUUCUUGAACGAACCGAGGAUCGACCGCUGAUCGGAUCGGACGUGAUCCCAAAAGGGUAACAAAGCCUCUCCCCACCGGUCUUAAUCCUUCCUAGGCUGAGAGAUAUCUCGCGAGUUCAGCUGAGCGUUCAUCAGCUGUGCCUGAUCGGCGUCUUUGUUUCUGCAACGGGAAAUCCACGUGAAGUUCUCCAUGGAAUCCCUCGUGAUGCGGAGGUUACUGUGGAUAAUGAAGCAGCAUCAUUGGGCCUGUUGCAAACAACGAUGAGGAAAUCUGACCAUACAGAGAUUUCGGAGUCGCCGUUUGGUGCUAGUCGCUUGCGAGCUGAGAUGGAUCUGAUCAAUACUUAAGCUGGUGAUUCCUCGUUCGUCUGCAAUUGUCCAUCUCAGCCAUCGCCAACAUGCGCUUCCUCGCUCUCCUGUCCUUCGUGGCAGCCCUCUGCCAGGCCGCCCCUCUUGAGUCCAGAGACGUCUCCACCACCGAUCUGUCCAAGUUCGACUUUUGGGUCCAAUAUGCCGCUGCCUCGUACUGCCACGACAACUAUGCCUCCAAGACCGGCCACAAAUUGACCUGCUGGGCGCACAACUGCCCCGAAGUCGAAAAGGCCGGUGCUACCAUCGUCUUUGAUUUCUCCAACAAAACCCUCACCGACACCUCCGGCUUCGUCGCCGUCGACGACACCAACAAAGCCAUUGUCCUCGCCUUCCGUGGCUCCUACUCCGUCCGUAACUGGGUCGCUGAUGCCUCGUUCCUCGCGGUCGAUCCGAAGCUGUGCGAUGGCUGCACCGCCGAGUUGGGCUUCUGGACUUCCUGGACAUUAGUGCGCGAGGACAUCCUCAAAACCCUCAACUCGACCAUUGCCCAACACUCUGACUAUGAGCUCGUCGUGGUCGGACACAGUCUCGGUGCUGCGGUGGCCACUCUCGCUGCGGCUGAUCUCCGAGCAAAGGGACACGAAGCGACGCUGUACGCGUACGCCUCGCCCCGGGUCGCCAACAAGGCAUUGGCCAAGUACAUCACCGACCAGAAGAACAACUACCGCUUCACGCACACCAACGACCCGGUGCCCAAGCUGCCGCUGUUGGCGAUGGGCUAUGUGCAUGUCAGUCCUGAAUAUUACAUCACCUCGGGCAACAACGUGACGGUCAAGACGAGCGACAUCCAAGUGUACAAUGGCGAUGUCACCUUCCAGGGAAACACCGGCACCGGACUGCCUGAUCUCACGGACUUUUCCGCUCACCACUGGUAUUUCGAAGAAGCGGACGCGUGCAAGGGGCCCGGGCUGCCGUUUAGGUAAUGCGCUAUGAUGACACUGGCCAUGAUCUGGUGCGGCAUUUUCACCCUUAAUGAUGGCAUUGGGGAAAAAUAAACUCCAAUAAACCGGGAACGAACAGGAGAGACGGGGCGAACCGAGAGAUCGAGUCAGAGAUGGCGAUGGUGGCGUCGAUCUGAGGGGAUGUAGUUUCCAGAUGAUCUCCCAACCACCGCUGAUUAUGCUUCGAAUCGAGUUCGAUUCGAUUGCAUGGGCCAAUGAGAGGCUGUGGAAGUUAUUUGGAAAUGAGGAAUGUAGCGUUUGGUUUCAGAUGCUCGACAAUGUCUUUGUAUAGGUAGAUGAUGUCUAUAGAACAGUAUAAUAAUUCAGUCAGGAUAAGUAAAUGACAAUUAAAUGGCAAUUGAACCAC